ACCUCCAAGUGUGACCUUGACCUUGAAGGUAGGUGACUGGUUUUUGCGCAUGACACAUUGUCUGAUUAUUGUGAACAAUUAUGGCAAGUAUUUACAAAAUCCCUUCAUAGAUAAGAAAGUUAUGGACCGGACACGACAUAUACCCUCAAAUAGGCGAUGUUGACCUUGAAUGAGCAAGUGUGACCUUGACCCCGAAAUUUUUCGGUGAGCAUAAUUAUGAAAACUAGAAACAUGAAUUUUAUGUGUACAUGUUAUAAUGAGACAAGCCAUUCUUUAAAAACCACAGACAACUAUGUCUGAGUGAAUAGCUUUAAAGCUGGGAAUCUAAAGUAUGAGUUUUGAGAGAAGUUUAAAACAAGAGAUUAGAUAGUUUGAGAGCAGCAUUUAGCAAAUUCAAACUUCCGAGUUUUAACAGUAACCUUGAAAUCGUCAUUAAACUUAAAGUGUUAUGCACGCGAUGUCAAAUCAUAUUGAUGAGAUACCCAUAUAUCAUUAAUCAUAAUAAUCUUUCAAUGGAAGUUGAAAUCCCUAAUUGUGAGGUCUACUCAAUCUGCUCUAAAUGCUUUAAAACACAUUUACAACCCCUUCUUUAAUGUAUAACUAUCAUUUAUGAUCCUUAUACAUGUAUACGUCAAUUUAAACAAUGUGGACAUGAAUAAACUUACAGUAUAGGUAAUGGUUUAAAAUUUGUGCAAUCAUGAAAAAGAACAACUGGGAUUUAAAUAUCAAAUUUAUCUCUACUGAAUUAUUAAAAUACUAGUUUUAAACACAAUAUUAAAAUCUGAUAUAUUUUCAAACACCAUGUACUUGUAUCAGCUAAAUAAGGGCCUGCUAUCUCUUAUGUUUAAACUGUUAAGUUUGAAAUGUAUAACAUUUUAAAAAUCAAUGUUGCAAAACAAGGAAGUAAAUAUCGUUAUCGAAUUCCAUGAAUGCAUGACUCCAAUAGUAACAGCAAAAUAUUUACAUUAAACCUUUAGAAAAAUUAAGACAUCAUUACAGUGGAUGAUUUCAAACCUGUGACACAAUUUUGAGGAUAACUCAAGGUAAACAUGGCAGUCUCAGGAAAGAAAGCAUCAAAACAAUUUUCAUCAUCUACAACAUCCAUGGCAUCAGAUGAAGAUCUUCAAAUUUACUGCCAGCCAUGUGACGAGGAAGGAACUAGACUACCUGCCCAUGGUUACUGUACUGAAUGCAGGGAACACCUUUGCAAGAAUUGUUAUACAGCACACAAAGUCAGUAGGCUUUCCAAACAUCACACACUUCAGGACGCUACUAAUAUGCCUAAAGUAUUGCAGCAACCCUCAACAUCUAUUCACACAGGCCAGUCUGAUGUCCUGACUACACCCUGUCUUAAACAUCCACAAGAAAUGAUCAAGUUCUACUGCAAUGACCAUACAAAAUUACUUUGCAGUGUUUGUGUUACCCUUGAACAUCAAGCUACUUCCUGCAAAGUUGAUUAUAUACCAGACAUUUCUGGUGAUAUAUUAGACAGCAAACAAUAUCAAGAUAUUCUAAAAACAUUGAAUCACACUUCUGACCAAUUUCAACAGAUGGUAGAAAAUGUCAAGAACAUGACAAACAAAUCAAACAUAUCUCUCAAAGAUGCAUUAGCAGCAAUUAAAAAGUUUCGGCAAGAAAUCAACAAAAGACUAGAUGUACUUGAGAGACAGGCUGAAGAUGCGGCUAAAGUCAUAGAACAAGAAAACAACAAACAUCUGAAAGCAGUAGAAACAACAUGUGAAGAUAUAACCAAAUUGCUGAAGAUAUCAUCAGAUAACAUCAAACAGCUCAACACAUCAAAACAGGCCAACAAACUUUUCAUGGAACUUAAACUUGCAGAGAAAACAAUACAGAAUGUUGAGGGGAAAACUCAACACCUUUUUUCAUAUGAUAUCAAAGAGCACAACUUUCGAUCAAAUGAUGUCAUAUUAAAUUUCCUUAAAACAGAGAAGUCACUGGGUACAUUGACACAGAAAGCUUUUAAUACCGAGUAUCAAUCUGUACAAGUAAAGUCUAGACAAACUUCACAUGCGGCACAUGCGGGAAAAAUCUGUGUGAAAACAUCAAAAGCUGAAUGCAGAUGCUGGAUAAUAGGAAUGACUCUGUUGACUCCAGAUCUUCUUAUCAUCACUGACUACCUGAACAAAGCUGUAAAGAUGGUGGACACCAGCAGUCAAUCUGUGUCUGAUCAACUACAACUUAAGUUUAAACCAUGGGAUAUCACCACAGUAACCAGUACUGAACUUGCUGUCACACUUCCUCACAUACAGAUCAUACAGUUUAUAUCAAUCUCAUCAAACAAACUCAUAAAGAAGCACACUGUGAGGGUUGCUAGAGACUGUUAUGGUAUAAGCUAUUAUCAAGGUAAACUUAUUGUCUCAUUACGAUCUCCUGCAAAGCUUCAGAUCCUUGAUAUGAAUGGCACUAUACUGACAACAAUUGAUGGAAAAAAUAUUUUCAAAGAUACAUGUUAUAUCACAUGUAACAGACAUUCUAUCUAUGUAUCUGACAGUGGCAUGAAGACAGUGACAAGAUUAAACUGGCAGGGUGAUGUAAUUGGUAGAUAUAGUGGUAUGAGUGAUUUCAGAGGAAUGUCAAUGUCAGAUGAUGGUACUGUCUUUGUGUGUGACCAGGACAGAAAUGUUAUAAAAGAGAUAUCAGGAGAUUGUUCUACAGGAAAGGUGGUGCUGCAGGAUCUGAAGAGUCCACAUGCUGUAUGUUGGUGUGGAAAAACAAAGAAGCUGUAUUACACCUGUUCUGCUGGAGAUGCAAAAUAUGACCACUUCAUUCACAUCUAUAAACUGUCGUAGAACAAUACACCUUUAACUGUAUUUUAUCAAAACCAGUUAAUACCCAAUUCACUGCAUACGUUUGUUACUUUGUCAACAUUUAAGUGGGUAGAUCUACAGUAAACACAUUUUCCAGUGUUUUACAAAUUGCUAUAAACAAAAGAAAUGUAUCAUUUGGAAAUUGUAUUUAAAUAAUGCUUGGGAAAAAGUGUUAUUAAUGUUUAAACUAGUAUACAUAGUAUAAAACAUGUAUAUGAUGAAUAAUAAUAUUUUGUUAUAGAAAAUUUUUAUUAUCUGCAAUACAAAUAUAUGUAUUAUCGAAUCAUGUGUCUCACACCUGCCAACAAGAUUCAUAGAAUUUUUUUUUGUGGUUUGAUGUUAUAUCAUUUACUAAACACUAUCAACAUAAUUAUUAUUACAAACCAUCCAUUAUAGACCGAUUCACUUUAAGUCAUUAAAAAUGAAAAAGGUUUUGGUUUAAUACAUGUAUAUUACAAAUAAGGACAAGAGCACCGCUAGGCGGAGCAUUAUAUGCCCAAAAGUGUUUUUGUUUUUUGUAAGGAUGAAGACAUUACACAAAUUAAAUAAAGUAUUACCUCCUUCAAAUAGAAACCUUCCUAUAAGGUUUGAAUAUUGUGGGCCAAAUGGAACUUAAGUUAUGCUCUGGAAACUGUUUUCAGUUUUGAGGUAAUAGCAACCUUGAACUUUGACCUUGUGACGCCAAAAAUCAAUAGGGGUCUUCUACCCAAUAUGGACGAUCAUCCUGUGAAGUUUGAACACUAUGGGCCAAAUAGAAAUUAAGUUAUGUUCUGGAAACUGUUUUCUGUUUUAAAGUAAUAUUGACCUUGACCUUUGACCCCAAAUUCAAAAGGGGUCUUUUACCCAAUAUGGACAAUCAUCCUAUGAAGUUUGAACAUUGUGGGCCAAAUGAAUCUUAAGUUAUUCUCCGAAAACUGUUUUCAGUUCUAAAGUAACAGUGACCUUUGACCUUGUGACCCAAACAUCAAUAGGGGUCUUCUACCCAAUAAGGACAAUCAUCCUAUGAAGUUUGAACACUGUGGGCCAAAUGGAACUUAAGUUAUGCUCUGGAAACUGUUUUCACUUUUAGAGUAAUAGUGACCUUGACCUUUGACCUUGUAACCCCAAAAUCAAUAGUGGUCUUCUACUUAAUAUGGACAAUCAUCCUAUGAAGUUUGAACACUGUAUGCCAAAUGGAACUUCAGUUAUACUCCAGAAACUGUUUUCAGUUUUAAGGUGAUAGUGACCUUGACCUUUGACCUUGUGACCCCAAAAGCAAUAGGGGUCUUCUACCCAAUAUGGACAACCAUCCUAUGAUGUUUGAAUAUUGUGGGCCAAAUGGAACUUAAGUUAUGCUCCAGAAACCAAAUUGCUAACGGACAGACAGAGACGGAUGGAUAGACAGACAGACGGACGGACGCCAGGGGGUAUAACAUAAUAUGCCAGAAAUUCUUUUGGGUAUAUAAAAAUAAUAUUAUGGAAGAACUGCUUUAAAGUAUUUAAAAGCUUAUUUGAUUUAGUUACAUUUUCUUUAAUAAAUGUAACAGUUGAAUGAUCUCAUGAAAUUUCAUACUGAAGAACAAUAACUUGUGUGAUAAUUUUACAAGAAAGCUAAUAUUGAUGAAUGGUAAUAAAAAUAUCUAAUAAUGAUAACUUUUACUACCUGUAAAAAGUAAAUAAUAAUUAAUCAACUGCAAAUUCUUAAAAUUCCCUUUUAAAAUACCUAAUUUAUGCCUAUUGAUAAUGUAAACACUUUUUAAAAGAAACUUGCUGGAUAUAUCACUUGGAUACUUUAUCACCAUAGGAAUAAAUUCCAAAGUUCUGUUUUAAUGUCUUUCUCUCUAUAUAUUUAUCUGUCAAUUACUAGUCAGUUAUACUGGAGGUUUCACUUAAUAUUUACUAACUGUGAAAUACUUGAACAAUCUUAAAUUUAAUUUCUUACAUAGAUACACACAAA